GAACGGUGUGGAUGGGAGCACUACGUUUUUGAUUUAGGGCAGUUUUAGGGCACGCGUGGUCGGCAUCUCACCUACCUCCUCCGUCGUGGCGUACUUCGUGCCGCACAUUUGCAGCGACACGCAAGAAUGGGUUUCGACUACGCUCGAAGUGCCAUCAUAAAGUCUCAGGUGGUGGCCAUAGCCGUGGCCUUGGCGCUGGCGCUUGACUCCCCCGGCCUCCUGCUGCUUUAUUUCUCUCAAUCGGGGUUCUCCACUUCCACCGCCUACAAAAAUGGAGUUGCAGACUAUAGUUUCAAAAAAAGUGUC